UGGGGCAAUUGGUCUGUUGAUGACCUAACUGGCGGCAGCGAAAACACCCGUUGUGUUCCUGGAGGUAUAUGCGUUCUGCGGGUGUGAGUUUUUGGAGACGACGGGGUGGAGAGGCAGAAUGCGGUCGGGAGGCACGAUCCUAGCAUUCUGUCCGCAUAAGGUGGGUGGUCUGGGGGUCCUCAAUGGUGAAUUGGGAGGGGUCGAGAGAGGCAGUGUUGAAGACGUCAUCAGAGGUGGGUGGAGUGGUGUCGUUAUGGAAAAAGCGGGGUUGAGAGGGAGCGGGCGCAGACUGGUGAUGGGGGUGGAGGAGUCGAUCGUGGUGAAGCAUGCGAGAGAGGAGGUCAGCAAGGGGCAUGUCGGGGUCGUGGGCGAGGGCGGUUGCAAGGUCUUUGUGGCUACUUGUUUGAUGUGGGAGAUGAACGCAAAGUCGGGAAUGACGGUGGUGGGGAGGUGGUGGCGGAGCGAGCGGACGUAUUGGACGAAGCGGUCCGUGGAACCGGUCUGGCGGAGGUGGCAAAAUUGUUCAAGGUCGGGGGGAGGGGUGUUGCUAGAGGCGGGUGUGGAGGAGGGAGUGGUUUGCGCUGUGGAGGAGGGAGUGAUUUGCGUUGUGGUGGAGGGAGGUGCGGCCGUGGUGACAACCGUGAUGGAGGGGUUGUCCCCUUCGAGCGUGGUGACGCGGUCGGAUAUGGACGACACCGUGGCCCUUAUGUCGUCCACGGAGGUUUGGACGGUGUUGAGUGCAUGGAGGACGGCGGAAAGGUCGGAGGUGGCGGUGUUGGCUGGUGGUUGUUCGCCUGCGAGGUUGCGGGCGAUGCUAUCGACCGAGUCGGUGCGGGUGUCAGACAUGUUGAUGGAGGAUGCAGUCAUGUCGGGGGAAGAGGGGGUGGGCCGAAGGUCGGGGUCGGGGAAUCGCACGGGAAACGUGCGGGGAUCGGGGAAGGGCGGAGGAAUGGGUCGAGAUCAGGGGGGCAGGGGCGGAAGGUGGCACGCAGCGGGGGAGGGAAUGUCGGGGGAAGGGGAUCCCGGUUGGUGUCGGGGAUGGCACAGAGCGGCGACGAGGACUAUGGGAACGGCGAUGGUGACGUGGCACGACGACGACGAUAGCGACGAUGACGAUGACGUGGCACGACGGCGACGAUCACGACAAUGAUGCUGGUGAUGGCCAGGUGGUGACGACGAAGCAGGGUGGGUCAGGCCCAACCAUGA